AGAUCGGAGCUGUCAGAGAUUUUUUUUUUGGCGCGCGGGGGGGGGUUUGCCUUUAUUUAUAUAUAUAAUAUAAAUAUAUAUUAAGGCGAAGCGCAGAAGGAAGGAAAGAUUGAAGGCGGGGUGUAGAUUCAGGGGCUGAGGAAGGAGAGAAGGUAGAAGAGGAAGGGAGGAGGAAAAACAAGAAGGAUUAAAAAUACGGAAUGCACGUGCGAUCCGGCGAUUAAAUCCUCCUCCUCCUCCGCGGGCAAAGCCGAGCCUGACACUUGGGGGAAAGCCCCGCCAGAGGAUGGGUCGAUGGUGAGGAAGACUUUGGGGGAGGGGGCGGGGUUUUGAGGGGGGGCUGGUGGUCUUUGCUUCCCCUCUUUUAGCCCCCCUCCCUUUUUUGGGGAGAAAGGGGGAGCCCAGAGAGAGAGAGCGAGAGAGAGAGAGAAAUAUAACUGCAAAAAAAGGGAGCGAAUCGCUCCAAAUGGAUAUCUCUCUCUAGACCCCCUGCUCCGAGCCAACAAGUGGAUUUGGUUUUGCCUUGGACACUCGGGCGGUGCUUUUGUUUUUGUUUUCCCUGAAGACGAAGCUUACAAUUGAAUUGGAAGCAAGGGGAAGAAGAAAUCAGCACCACUGCCGUCCGGAGAAGGAGGGAAGAAAACAGAAAUACAGAGAGAGAGAGAGAAAGAGAGAGAGAGAGACAGAGCCAAGCCUGGCGCUUUCCGGCGGAGGUGGCGGCUGACUAUGGAAGAGCAGGCGGACCCUAAAAGCCAGCGAGAGCCUGCUCCCACCACCACCACUACCACCAGCAGCGCCACCAGCAACACCAGUACCGCCGGCAGCACCAGCAGCAGCGAUGGGGAAAGCCUCCCGGUCUCUCCCAGCAGCACGGGCAGCGGCCACCCGCCCUUGUCUCCCGCCGCCGCGCCCUGCCUCGUCUCGGUGGCCCAUCAUCAUCCCCACCACCAUCACCACCACCACCAGCACCACCAGCAUGCCCUCCAAGCGCAACAACGUCCGCCGCCGCCGCCUCCUCCUCCUCCGCCACAACGCACCACCAACUUCUUCAUCGACAACAUCCUGAGGCCGGACUUUGGCUGCAAGAAGGAGCAGCAGCAGCAGCUCUUGAUCCUCUCUGGAGGAGGAGGAGGAGGAGGAGGAAGUGGAGGAGGAGGAGGAGGCCGGGAGAGAGACCUAGACCGCGCGGGCAGCUCAGGUAGAGAAAACGUCAACCCACUGCUGGGGGGCAGGACCCCCAACCCGGCCUCCUCCUCUUCCUCCUCCUCCUCCUCCUCCUCGGUGCUCCUUAGCACGGAGUCAGAGACGGGCCCCUCAGCCAUCGGCUCCACCGCCGCCUCCAAAGCCAGCCCCACCGCCAAGCCCCCUUCCUCCUCCUCCUCCUCUUCCUCCUCCUCUUCCUCCUCCUCCUCCUCUUCCUCCUCCUCCUCCUGCUGCUCGGAAGGCAGCGGACCUCACCCGGCGAACUAUGGGGAGCACGCCAACCCGGCCAUCCUGCUCAUGGGCUCCAGUAAUGGAGGGUCCGCCGUGGGGGCCAAGGGCGACGGGAAGCAGCCGCUGGUUUGGCCGGCCUGGGUUUACUGCACGAGGUAUUCAGACCGACCGUCCUCCGGGCCCCGCACGCGGAAGCUGAAGAAGAAGAAGAACGAGAAGGAGGACAAGCGGCCGCGGACGGCCUUCACGGCGGAGCAGCUGCAGAGACUCAAGGCGGAGUUCCAGGCCAACCGGUACAUCACGGAGCAGCGGCGGCAGACCUUGGCCCAGGAGCUGAGCCUCAACGAGUCCCAGAUCAAGAUCUGGUUCCAGAACAAGCGGGCCAAGAUCAAGAAGGCCACGGGCAUCAAGAACGGCCUGGCCCUCCACCUCAUGGCCCAGGGACUCUACAACCACUCCACCACCACCGUCCAAGACAAGGAGGACAGCGAGUGAACACAAGGAGCAGC